AUGAAUCGACUCCUUCUCCGAGAAGAGAUUUCUUACUCUGCCGCCAGGGACAAGGAAGCCAACAUCCUCCAUAGACUUGGAUACUUUGAGAAAGAGAGCCGAUUCAUCGCAGAGCUCGCGGGUAGGGAUAGGUGGAUCAAGGACCUGGUUGCUCACCAUUUAAACAUUAACCCUUCCAGAUGUGAUAUAGCAGCAACAAGUGGAUGGUUUCGGGGCAGCUUCAAUCUAUGCAUUCCGGUUACUAUCCGAGACUGGAAAAGAGAGCAGCCAGGAGAUCGCGUUAUUCUUCGACUACCCCUUCCUUAUAAAUGCGGCGAGGAAUUUAGGCCAGGGAACACAGAUGAGAAAAUUAGGUGUGAAGUAGCUACUUAUGUAUGGCUUCAAGAGAAUCACCCUAAUAUCCCUAUCCCGCGGCUUUAUGGAUUUUCGUUGUCAUCAGGAGAAUCAUUCACAAGGAUAGAUAGCUUGCCAUUUUUCACAAGAUGUUAUCGCCGAAUAUGUUACCUGAUAUCCUCGUGGAUUGGCGGACUUAUAUGGCCUAAAAGCACGUUUCUAUCCCAAUAUGUCCGUCACCAGAACUUUAUCGCACCCACAGCCAAUUUCGGGUAUAUUCUAAUAGAAUAUAUUGAGAUAAAUCAAGGCACAAUGCUCUCAGAUACUUGGUUUAAACACUCAACAAAUACUGCCUUGAGGGCUACGCUAUUUCGCAGCCUCGCUCGGAUUAUGCUAAGCUUCUAUCGCAUUCCACUGCCUCAUAUUGGGUCAUUUACUAUUGAUAAUAACGGCCUUAUCUCACUAUCAAACAGACCUUUAACUCUUGAAAUCCAAGAGCUAGAGAAUGAAGAAAUACCGAUAGAUAUUCAACGUCACUAUACCUACUCAACUACAGACUCCUAUAUCACAGAUAUAGUAGGUAUUCACGAUAGUCGUCUGAUUCACCAACCAAAUGCUAUAAAUAAUCCCUCGGAUUAUAUUAAUCAGGUAACUACUCUAACGGGAAUGCGCAUUUCGAUUCCUCUCUUCUUUCGGCGAGAUUUACGCCGAGGCCCGUUUAUAUUCUCCCUUACCGAUCUCCAUCAGAGCAACUUAUUCGUUGAUAAGGAGUGGAAUAUUACCUCGCUUGUAGACCUUGAAUGGGGGUGCUCUUUGCCUGUUGAGAUGAUACACCCACCCCGUUGGCUUACAUGUCAAUUUGACGAUGGCAUUGAUGAGAAAGAAUAUGAAAAGCUGUGGACUGAGUUCGUUCAAAUCUUAGCCCAGGAAGAAGAUGGCUAUCUCAUUACAGCCAGACAGGAACUACGACUAUCAUCAAUAAUGACAAAAGGGUGGGAGAUGGGUACAUUUUGGUAUUCCCUCGCUUUACAAAAUAUUGUCGCUAUUUUUAAUAUCUUUCAGAAGAGAAUUCAAAAAAGGCUAGGGAAAGACACCUAUGACGCAGAGCAAUACUGUCUCAUAAUGGUAUACCACUGGUCCCUCAAUCCCCUCGGUAUUCUUAAUCAAAAAGUAGCGGAUAGGACAGAGUAUGACAAUAAACUGCGGGAAGCCUUUGGUAUACCUCCUCAACCAGAAAGCUAG